GUGUGACUGUGUACAAAACAAAAUGUGGGCUGCAGCCUUUGGAGUGAUUUCUGCCUUGGCAGUGGUGAGCGGCUUUGGCCUGAUGUUGUAUAUUGGGGUGCCAUUUUUGAUCAUAGUUACAAAUUCACCAUUUCUUAUUCUAGGUGUUGGGAUGGAUGAUAUGUUUAUAAUGAUUUCUGCCUGGCAGAAGACCAGCGCCAAGGACAGCAUGAGCCAGCGGCUGUUCACUGUCUAUUCCAAGGUGGCGGUGUCUAUAACAAUUACCACUGUUUCCAAAGUCCUGGCCUUCUAUACAGGGAUUAUGACCUCUUUCAGGUCUGUACAUUACUUUUGCAUCUAUACAGAAACAACCUUGCUUUUUUGUUAUUUUUAUAACAUCACCUGUUUUGGAGCACUUAUGGCCCUGGAUGGUAAAAGAGAAAUAGUCUGUGUACACUGGUUGAAAAAGCCAGAAACUCUUGACCAAAAAUGUUUUUCAUUAAAAAGAUCCUGCUGUCUCCCAUGUGAUUCUCUCCCACAUGAACAAGAAACUGAUACCCAUCCAAUGAAUUUGUUCUUUCGAGACUAUUUUGGCCCUUUUCUCACAUGCACUGGGUCCAUUUUUGUAGUGUUUAUAUACAUUUUGUACAUCAUAUUUAGUAUUUAUGGUUGUUUCCAAGUACAGGAAGGUUUAGACCUUCAAAAUUUGGCAAGUGAUGAUUCCUACAUCACACCAUAUUUUAAUGUAGAAGAAGACUAUUUGUCAGAGUUUGAUCCAAGGGUUAUGGUUAUUUUUACUGAAACUUUUGACUCCUGGGAUGAAGAUGCUAGGCAAAAGCUGGGAAAAUGUCUGGCAAAUUUGGAAAACAGUGACUAUGUCGAUAAAAAUCUUACAGAAUUUUGGUUAUGAGAAUAUGUGCAAUAUAUUGAAAACAGCAGACAAAAUGUAAAUGAUAAGGAUACAUUUAUGAAUAGUUUGCCUCCUUUUUUAACAAAUUUUCCACUUUUUAGGUAUGAUAUUAAUAUUUCAUCAUCAAAUGAAAUCAUUUUUUCCCGGAGCUUCAUUCAGACUGUGGAUGUUUCUUCUUCAACCAAUAAGAAGAAGAUGUUAUUCCAAUUACGAAGCAGAGCUGAAAAAUGCGAAAUUCCACUAAUGGUGUAUAACCAGGCAUUCAUAUAUUUUGAUCAGUACACUGCAAUAUUGGAAAACACUGUUCGAAAUGUCAUUGUUGCGUCAGCUGCUAUGUUCAUUGUUUCCUUAUUGUUAAUUGCUCAUCCACUGUGUUCCUUGUGGGUAACUUUUGCUAUUGCUUCUGUGAUUGUGGGAGUAACAGGUUUCAUGGCAUUCUGGAAUGUCAAUCUUGAUUACAUAUCCAUGAUUAAUCUUGUUAUUUGUAUAGGGUUUUCUUGUUUUUCUGCACACAUUUCUUAUGCAUUUGUUUCCAGUUCUAAGCCCUCAGUAAACCAAAAAACAAUUGAGACAUUGUAUCUGCUAGGCUACCCAGUGUUACAAAGUGCACUUUCAACAGUAAUAGGGGUGUGUGUUUUAUCUGUAGCUAAAGCAUACAUCUUCAGGACAUUUUUUAAGAUUAUGUUUCUUGUUAUGCUAUUUGGGGCUGCUCAUGGCCUAAUUUUUAUCCCAGUAUUCUUAACCUUUUUUUUGAAGCCUUAUGUGAGAACUGUGCUACUGGAUGGUCCCCUGAAAGGCGAAAACUGCCAGUUAGAACUUGUGCAUGUCUGUGAACAAGCCAAAUUCCGCCAGCAAAAUGUUGCUCCUGAGAAGAAUGUGAUUACUACCCAGGAUGAAGCCUGGAACCAAGAGCCAGGCUGGAAUUGGGAGCCAUACUGGAGCCAGAAGGGGAGUUGGAGGUGGGGGCAGGACUGCUUGUCAACUUGA